AAGGGAUUUUUCCUGAGUGAGCGAAACCAGUGCUUUCCGUGUAACUGCAAAGGCCACGCAGACUCCUGUGAAGACAUCACUGGUGUUUGCAGAAACUGCAGGGACCACAGUACAGGAGAUUUCUGUGAGAUGUGUGAGGAUGGCUACAUGCUGGCCCCCAGCCGGGAUGGAAGACACACCUGCCGCCCCUGCGCCUGCCCCCUGUCCCUUCCCUCCAAUAACUUUGCAGUGCACUGUGACGGAGGAGCUGCAGUUCUGCGCUGCAAGUGCAAAGAGGGCUACGCUGGACAUCUGUGUGAGAGGUGUACUCCAGGUUACUACGGCAAGCCCAUGGAGGUUGGUAAUUCCUGUAAGAGGUGCGACUGUAACGGCAACUCCGACCCUAACCUGAUCUUCAGCGAGUGCCACAACGUGACGGGCCACUGCCAGCACUGCUGGGGUAACACCGGGGGGGCCAAGUGCGAAAGGUGUGCCCCCGGUUUCUACGGCGAUGCCAUCAGUGCCAAGAACUGCAGAGAUUGUGAGUGCAGUGAAUGUGGCACCUCCUCAUGCGACGACAGGACAGGUGUGUGUCACUGCAAGCCGGGAGUCACAGGACGCCUCUGCGACCAGUGUGAGGUGAGAGAGACCACGUGA